AGAAAAGUAGGAGGCGUUCUCUCUCUUUCUCUCUCUCAUCCUGAGGUACUUGUCUUGGGUUGGUGGUGGCGGUAAUCGAAGAACAGAGACCGCGUGGUUGAAGCCUUUUGAUGUCUGAAUGAUCGGUUGACUGUUUUGAGGUUUUCGUAAUGGAGAGUACCGUAAGAAGACAACUUGCAAGCUGGGAGAUUCAUGGCUUCCGCACCAUGGAAGAUUUGGAUUUUGGAAACAUAAUGGAGGAGGCUCGGGCAAGAUGGCUCCGACCAAAUGAGAUACAUGCGAUACUCUGGAACUAUAAGUAUUUCAGCAUCAAUGUCAAGCCAGUUAUCUUACCCAAAAGUGGCACGAUUGUGUUGUUUGAUCGUAAGAUGCUCAGGAAUUUUCGGAAAGAUGGUCAUAACUGGAAGAAGAAAAAGGAUGGAAAGACUGUCAAAGAAGCUCAUGAACACUUAAAAGUUGGUAAUGAAGAAAGGAUCCAUGUUUACUAUGCACAUGGCGAAGAUAAACCAACCUUUGUUCGGAGGUGUUACUGGCUACUUGAUAAGUAUGCAACUAAAGUCUACAGGAAUCAUAACCCACUUAUAUAA